AUGUCUGACUCUUCUGACAGCGCUGACCGCCCCCUCAAUAUCCUGAUUACCGCGCCCGCCAGGGCGGGUCGCCUAUUUCAACAGACAUUCAUGCGUCCUGCGACGUUGAAUUCCAAUGUUCCGCCUGCUGUUCCGCCUGCUGCUCAAUCUGCUGUUCAACCUAUCCUGGUUCGCCACCGUGAAGGAAAUCGAUCAUCUGACGCUGCUCAUCCUGUUCGCUUUAUGCCUUCCUCUUUGGCUGUCGUGCGAGCCGAUCACUACGAACAGCUCAGUCCCGUCGUUAACCCUUCCGAGGGUCAACACACUACCCUUGCCCCACCGCCGCCGCCGCCUCCUCCUCCUCCUCCUCCUCCUCCUCCGCCACUAGAUGCGCACUCCGCCCACACCAACCACCAGACCUUCGUAUACCCUCCGAGCAGACUCCCUCAGCAAGACGCCGCUAGCCCCGUCAAUACGUCCGCGGGUUCCACUCAAGAUCCGUCGACAGAUCCGUUGUCGUCUGGCGCUGCACCGACAACUAUUCCCAAUCACAUUCGUCAGACUCGCGCUAACCGCAAAAGCAUUGGACCUCAAAGAACCGGCUCCGCCAUUCUCCACCCUGCUCCUUAUCCAGCCCCGAAAACUCGAGACAUGGCGUCUGAUUCUAGUCGCGCGACGCAAGGAGAAUUGUUUGGAACCCCCGACGCAUCGAAAUCAACUUCAAAGUCCCUGCCAUUCCGUCGUCGUACGUCCGUUCCAGCCAUAGUUGCUGAGAGUCAGUCGAACUCGGUGCUCGCGAUGCCUGGGCAUCUCAACUACAACAUGGCUCCGCCUGUGGAAGGAAACCCAGCCCCCGCUAUGUCGCCUCAGCCUACGAUACAGGAAGACGAGACAAUACAGCGCGAUGACAAUAUAUGA